ACGAUCCCCAUCUGGCAGAACAAACCCCACGGCUCGGCGCGCAGCGUUGUCAGGAGGAUCGGGUCAAACCUCCCUUUAAAGCCCUGCCCCAGAGCAACCUUCGAGGUUCUACCAAAUGUUUCGGAGCUCUAUUUAAAUGACGUCCCUCCAGUCCCCACCCUGGCAGACAUUGUGUGGAUAGCAGCAGAUGAGGAAGAAACAUACGCCAGAGUCAGAAGUGACACUCGCCCGCUGAAGCACAAGUGGAAGCCGAGUCCCUUCACUGUUAUACAGCGAAAUGCUUCAGUCCCCAACCUGAGGAAGCAGGAGGAGAAGCUGCUCGCCUUGAAGAAGCCUGGUUUACCAGCCCUGAGCCGAACAACAGAGCUCCAGGAUGAGCUGAGUCACCUUCGGAGUCAGAUAGCUAAAAUAGUUGCUGCGGAGUCAGCUUCUGCUUCGUUAACGCCAGAUUUAUUAUCUCCAGGAAGUUCAAAUGCAUCUUCCCCUUUACCUUGUUUUGGACCCUCUUUCCAAUCUACAACUUCCUUUGUCAUUAGUGAUAUCACAGAGGAGGAGGCAGAACUGGAAAGCCCCGAGCUCCCGUCAGUCUCCAUGCUUUGUUCUGCAACCUCCGAGUGUUGCAAACCAGACCCAAAGGAUCCUGACGAGGAAGAUUCUGUGUCUCUGUCAAAGGCCAGCAGUUUUGCCGACAUGAUGGGCAUUCUCAAAGACAUUCAUAGGAUGAAGCAGAGCAAAGACUUAAACCGAACUUCAAUGAAGGAGGAAGACCCGGCUGUUCUUAUAGCAGAGGUUCUGAGAAGAAAAUUUGCCCUGAAGGAUGAAGAUCUGGCCCUGAAGGAGAAAUGAUGUUACCGUCAUUAAACUCCAUAAGCAAAAGUGUUAUGCUCCCAAAAUUUUCUCCACAGUAGCUGCCUUCCUAAGGAUUGAGCCUUUUGCCUCUUUUAUUACUUAGAGAUGGUUUCUGCACCGGACACUUACUUAGGAAAGACCCUACGGAUUUGAUGUGUUUUCCAUGUAUUGUUAUAUUUAAGCGAAAAACUUUUUAAGAUGAUGGAAAUUCUUUUCCACCUGUAUUUUGAUGUUGAUUAUGGAUAAGGAUCUUCUCAAGAGCGCAACGAGUGCUGCUGGAUGACGUUCUUUCUACCUACAC